AUGAGUUGCAGUGUGCAAGUCGCUGUGCGGGUUCGCCCGUUUAACGCCAGGGAGCGGAAGUUGAACGCGUUUUGCUGCAUCAGCAUGAAUGGACGCCAGACAGUGAUAACCAACUUAUCGAAGAAGAAUGACGAGAAAAAGUUCACUUUCGACUAUUCCUACUGGUCACAUGACGGCUACCACGAGGAGCCGUCCGGCUACCUCUCUCCUGCUCCAGGAAGCCCCUACGCUGAUCAGACGCGUGUCUUUUCUGAUGUCGGCCAAGGGGUUAUAGACAGCGCGUGGGAAGGCUACCACGCGUGUUUGUUCGCCUAUGGUCAGACAGGAAGUGGAAAAAGCUAUUCGAUGGUUGGCUACGGAGAAAACAAGGGGAUCAUCCCCAUUGCUUGCGAGGAGAUUUUCAGACGCAUCGGUCAAAACAAAGACCCCACUAAGUCAUUCGAGGUCUCUUGCAGUAUGCUUGAGGUGUACAAUGAACACGUGCACGACCUUCUCAUCAAACCCUCAACGCGGCCACAAGGAGGACUGGAGAUAAGAGAGUCCAAGGUCUUGGGAAUCUUUGUGGAAGGCCUUUCGCGGCGAGCUGUGAAUUCCUAUGCGGGCAUUCAGAAGAUCGUUGACGAGGGGACAUCCAACCGAUCAAUUGGAGCCACGCUGAUGAACGCAACGAGCAGUCGGGCACACACUGUAGUGUCAAUUGAGUUGCAACAAAUUACGACGCUGGACGGGAAGCAAGGCCGGAGAACUUCUGUCAUCCACCUCGUCGAUCUCGCAGGCUCCGAAAAGAAUGAUCAGACACAGGCGUCUGGGGAUCGCCUUAAAGAGGGAUGUGCAAUCAACAAAUCGCUCUCGGCGCUUGGGAACGUCAUUUCCGCUCUGGCGGAUAAAGCAGCCGGGAAAGACAAAGGCCGAGUCAUUCCCUACCGCGAUUCGAAGCUUACGAGGCUCCUCCAGAAUGCGCUGGGCGGUUCGUGCAGAACAAUCAUGCUCUGUGCGCUCUCACCAGCCUCGAACAACUACGACGAGACUCUCAGCACGCUGAGAUACGCCGACCGCGCAAAACAAGUCAAGAACUUCGCCGUGGUGAACGAAGACCCGACGCUCCGGCUCAUACGCGAACUGCGGGAAGAAAACGAGAAACUCAAGGCACUCCUGGAGGGCAAAAAUGCCGCCGACCGUGGUUUGUCGGAAGCCGAGAGAAAGGCGCUUGAGGAAGAACAUCAGAAGGAAAUCCGAGCGAUGGAAAACGCACUCCACGACAUGGAGAAAUCAUUUCAGCAGAAACUUGAAGAGUCUCAGAAGCAGGCUGCCGCCCAGACAGCGCAAGGCACUGUCGAUCCAUCAAGUGUGCCGCACUUGACGGUUUUAAACGAGGAUGUUUUGCUGAGUGGUCAGCUGAAUUUCGCGUUGCCUAGCGCUCCCGGACACCUCUGGAUCGGAAAGAAGAAAGGCGACUGGACUCCGGAUGUGUCGCUCUCUGGUCUUGGCGUCUUCCCGAAGCACUGCCGCUGUGCGCUGGAUGCGUCCAAACGCGCGGUGUACCUCGAGGUCGUGGAGGGGAUCAACUACACGUUCGUCAACGGAGAGAAGAUCACCCAGAAGAAGCCGGUUUCCCUCAGGUCGGGAGACCGCCUGGUGUUGGGACAGGCCUAUGCCUUUCUAGUCGUUUUUCCAGCGGAGCAAACGCAACAGAAACUGCUCGCAGAACACACCUACGACGGCGUGCUGGAGGAAGUGUGUGUCGCACAGGGCGAGGUCAAGCGCGUGAAGCCGAACGAGGUGGAGCUGCAGGAGGAGAAGGCGAAGGCGGAAGCGUACAAACGCCAGGCGGAAGCGAUGCAGCGAGCGCAGAAGGAGUUCGAGGAGAAGAUGCGGCGAGCUGCGCAGAAAGCCAGCGCCGACGAGCGCCAGAAAGUGGAAGAAGAGUUCCGGAAGAAACACGAGGCUCUCGAGCGCGAGAAAAAGGAGCUCCAGCGGAAAGAAAUGAGACGCUGCGCAGCCGAGACCGACCGGAAGGUCGUGGAAGAGAAACUCGUGGAAGUCUUGCCCCUGAUCAAGGAGGCGAACCUGAUCGCGGCGGAACUCAAGAAACCGUACGAACUGACCCCGUCGUUCGACAUGACCUUCACGUCCACAGGUGAAAGAAGAUCCAACGUCAUCGUCGCAGUGAUGUUCGAAGGAAAACCCGUGUACGACUGGGCCCCCGCAGUCCUCGAAAACCGCCUCUUCCUCAUGCGCGAGCUCCUCGACGCGUACACCGACGCAAAAGACAAGGACGGCUUUCUCAAGCGUCUUAAGAAAGAAGAUGAUCCGUUCUGGGACCCUAUCGAGAAGGAGAAGUGCAUCGGGAAGGCUGUCCUGUUUUUGGAGUCUCUGACCGCCCAGUUGGAGACAGAGUCAAAUGCUCACAUCUUCAACAAGGAAGGCGUCGACGUGGGACAGCUCAAAGUGGCUGUGUUUCCAGUGUCGAGGGACGGGCACGAGUUGGAGGACGACGACAUCAAGGAGAGUCCAGCAGAACUUCUCGGGACUUCCAUGUACUACGAGGUGAGGAUCCUGAGCGCCUCUGGACUUCCAGCAGAAUUCGCGAACAACACCUUUGUCCGCUUCAAGCCUUAUCUCUCCUCGGGAUACAUCGAGACGUCGCGUGUCAACGGCGCAAACACCCAUCCAGUCUUUAACUUCAAAAAGAUUCUUGAGCAAACCGUCACUCCGGCGUUCAUGGAAUACCUGGAAAACGAGGUUCUGAUCUUCGAGGUCUACGGCGAGGAUUCGAGAGCCACAAAGUAG